AUGUCAGCCAUGCUAGCCCCCAUGCUCGGAGCCAUGGUAAUCUGCCGCGGCAUCGCCCGCUUCAUCGGCUACCCCCCCUCCCUAGACCCAACCUUCACCAACGCCCCCCUCCUGCACACCUUCUCGGCGACCCUCGACGCCUGCGCCCAAUCCCACACCCUCUGGCACCUGACCCCCACCGACGUCGCCACCAUCUUCGCCCCCCUCCUCGACUACGCCUCCCGCACCUCCACCACCACCACCUCAUACCUCGCGCAGCUCCACCCCACCGACAUAGCCCACACCCAAACCCACCUCACCUUCGCCACCGCCCACACGCUCACAACCGACCUCGACACCCUCACGCGCGCACACAACCCCUGGGCCCGCUGGUUCGGGCUGAUCCUCUACACGCAGACGCUGGCGCACCACGGGCACCCGCGGCACCUGCACGGCACGCAUCCCAACGAUGCGAAUUGGGACGCGAAUGUGGGCGCGUACGAGAUCCCGCUGCUGCUGGCGGGGCGGCUGGGGGAGGAGAUCGCAUCCGAGAACUUCUUCACCGCCUGCCAGACCCUCCACGGCCACAUCAUCGGCUACAGCGCCUUCAAGCGCAGCUUCCUGCGGCUGUCCGCCCUUAUCCCCGCGCCCUCUCUCCCUCUCUCCCCACCGCCCGCCGCAGACCCGUUCCUCUCGCCGCACUGGACCAUCGCGUCUGAGCUUCGGGGGCGCGGCGCGUUCCCGCUGUCGCCGCGGAUGGCGCUGCUGCUGGCGGGGUCGACGGAGGAGAGUACGAAUACGAACUGGCUUAACCGGGGCCGGUAUGAGAGUGCGCCGCUGAAGGGGCUUGAUGGGCGGUGGGAGGGGUGUGGGGGUGGGGUUGGGGUGCGUUGUGUGAGCUGA